GUGUGUGGGAGUGGCUGCCCCUCACUGAAACAAGCCGGCUGGUGAGCGAGCCAGUUCCCACCGUCUACGGCACGAGCACAACUAAAGACGUCUUUGUCACCCCAAGGCGAUUGAAGAAACGAGAUUUUUUUAACAGUCUUUUAACUGCCUCCGAUUAAGAUACCAACAUGCUGCAGAAAUCCAACAGCCAAUACGAUUCCUUCCUGUACUGGAGGCAGCCAAUCCCAGCCCUCGACAUGUCCGAGCUGGAGGACCUGGGCCUGAAGGACAGCAAGCCAGCCAAUAGCAACCAAGCUGGGAAGAAGAAGAAGGAGAAAAAGUCCUCCAAGAUGGCCAAUCAGAGGAAACAGAAAGAGGAGGAGGAGCUCCCAGAGUACACCACCUUCAACUACUGGAGAGAGCCCAUCGCUAGCAUCGACACUCUGGACUUUAACCUACUACUGUGAUGUUCUAUCUCUCAUCCCUACAUUUCCAUCCUCUCUCCCUCCCUCCCAUCACUGGCCUUGUCUACAUAAACCAUGCCUUCGGUCAAGUCCCUGGUCCACCUUUGAUUCAGUACUGGCUCUGUAUGUGUACUGUAGACGUAGAAUAGCGCUAACGCUAAGAGGGGUAUGGUAAGCUGACUGGCUGACACUGUGAUUGACAGCAGACUCUCUCCUCUAUCUAGGUGUAGCUUGCAGUAUGCAUUCAGGACAUCAUUCUCCAGUCAAAGAUAUGACACAUGAUUCUGUGGUGUAAAUUACCUCUGUUGAGUCCGGUCCGUAAACGCACACCUGUAUCACUAUAGAAACGCAUAUGUAACAUUCUUCACGUGUGGAACACACAGUGCACUAGAAGCCUGUUCUGGUCCACUGGGCACAUAGUGGGAACAGAUACUAGUCCCUUGUAAUGAGCUGUACAGAUCACCUGGGCUCUAUUGUGAAGAGAGAGACAUACAUGACACCUACUAGACAUUUUACACAUAGAAGCCCAUUAGUAGUGUAGCUCUGUGAUUAGAGCCUGCAGUCAAGGGGUCGCAAGUUCAAAUCACCCCUUGUCGGUCGCCUUGGGGAAAAGUGUCUGCUAAAUGAAAACACUACAUUUGUUCUUACAUUGAGGCACCAUACCUCAACUAUGUUUUCUAUUACAACAGCCCUUGUUUAAACCUGCUUGUCAGGCCCCAGUGCCAAAAGUAGUCAGUAGUUUAGUCUAGAGUAAAACUAAGCAUCUCCACAGAAUGGGUUAAAUAUUUUGAAAGUCGUGUUUUAUUUACAUAGUUGCCUUUUCGCCCAUGAACGUCUCUCGCACGUGUUUAUUUAGGCCUACUUAUUUAGGAUGCUGCUUUCAGUCUGCGCUGAGCAGGACUCAACGGAGUGCAAUGACUGAUAGGAAAUGUCGUGAAAUCAUUCAUAUGGCGUACUGGUCAGCCUUUUAUAUGUUGCCCUUGUCGUCUGCAGAUGUCAGAGGUUAAGUUUGAAUGUUGAGGAAAGGUAUUAUUUAUGAAAGCCAAGGAAGUUUGGAUGGUUCUACUUUGUGCUGUGUGCACAUGGUUUGCUAAGUACAGCGGCGAAUAAAUCUUGAAUAAUUUCAUGUUUAACAUUUUGAGCAUUCAACUCCCAGAAGUGAUCUUCUAUUGAAAUAAAACAUUAACAAUACCAGA